AUGUCUCCAGGGCAGAAGACUUCCAGGGCCCCAGGAGGAGGAGGCAGCCACACACGCUUCUCACUUUCCCAGAGUCCCAGCUGCAAGGAGAUCAACCCAGAGUCAAGUGGAAACCAGACUGGCAACGGCAACAGCAAUUGGAUGCCAGAGGUUGAGAAAGCAGAUCUUAGCACUCCUGAGGAAGGCAAACUGAUGGAAGUCCCAGCUACAGCCACGUGCAGAGGCCCAGGAGCUGGAGGUGGCUUGCUUUUUAUCUUGAAGAAGAUAUUUGGAAAAGAUUCAUGUGUGGAAACCCAGAACCAGAGAAGACAGGUGCUGCUGUCUGGAUCUGGCUCCAGAGCACUCUCCAAAGGCCCUAGUGUCAUAGGUCUGGGCCUCACUGUGGCCUUGGAGACAGGUGGAACUCCGGAGGUCAAGUACGACUUCCUAUAUGACCAAGAGCAUGCAUGCUGCCUGGAAGAGUGGGCCAGUCUGGUGCACCAGAGGGCCUACACUACCUUCAUCCUGGACUCGCUCUUCUUGCUGCUGCUGCUUCCUCAUGCUGGUCUUCUACGGCAAGAUGGCUACAUGCUCCAGGUCAAGAAGAGGGUGGGGGACUGCUCUGUGCUCCAGAUCAUUCACCGGAAGGAAAUGUCCAAGAUCACCAUGAGGAAGAAGCGAGCGGUCAUUGUGAUGGCGAUGAUAGUGGCCCUCUUCACUGUGUGCUAGGUGCCAUUCCAUGUCAUCCACAUGAUGAAUGAGUACAGUAAUUUCAAAAAGGAGUACGAUAACAUCACCAUCAGGAUGGUCUUUGCUAUCGUGCAAAUUAUCGACUUUUCCAACUCCAUCUGCAAUCCCAUCAUUUACACAUUUAUGAAUGAGAACUUCAAAAAAAUUUUUUUGUCUGCCUUUUGCUAUUGCCUAGUAAAAGAACACUUCUCCCAAGUGCAGCAACCUGGACACUUGGGGAUUAUGAUGAUGCAGAAGAAGUCAAAGCUGUCUGGGAGACAGAACCUGGUAGAGGAGACCAAGGUGGAAGGCUUCAGUGACAGAAACAUUGAGAUCAAGAUGUGGGAGCCACCACCAGGCCCCAGGAACCUCAAGCGCCUGCUUGCCCUCUUCAGCUGGGAAUGCUUAGAGAGCCCUGCCCCAGGCAGUGGGUGUUAA